GAAGGUCAAAUGACUUCGCAUGUCUACUUCUGUGUACAUUCCCGUUAUGGUGCGCGCCUGAUGAAGAAGCGCUUACUAAGUCGUGCGUCCGAAUAUGUUUGCGAGCAUCUGAAGCGGCUCAUCGCAUUAUGUCCCUGUGAAAGUUUGAAAAGUCAGCAUCAAACCUUGACCCCUCCAGAGCCACCAAGCAGGGGAAAGAAGACGCUGCCAGGAUGUUCAGCACCAAAAGACUGAAGAAGAAGUCUCAGUCAGUGGAUAUUUCCAGUCAAGGUUUCUCCCCAACCCUGGUGCCAGCCUCACCCCUCAACAGGGCUGCAUCACCUGUUUCCAAGACAACCACUGUCCUCGCAGUGCAGGAAAACAACACCACCAACUCCCAGCGCCGCAGUCCUCGACGUGGCGAGUUGAAGAGAGGCUACACCAUAGAUACCGGCCAGAAGAAGACUCCAGAGAAGAAGGAUGGGAGACACAUGUCGUUCCAGAGACCCAAAGGGACCACUGAAUAUUCUGUGGAAUCACGGGACACGUUGAACAGCAUCGCUCUCAAGUUCGACACCACACCCAACGAGCUGGUUCAGCUGAACAAGCUGUUCUCCAGGGCAGUGGUGCCUGGCCAGGUUCUGUACGUUCCUGAUCCUGAGUAUGUCUCCAGUGUUGGAAGCUCCCCAUCCCUCAGUCCCAUCAGCCCAUUGUCUCCCACCUCCUCAGAAGCUGAUUUAGAGAAGGUGACGGACUCUGAUGGCCCGCCCAAAUCAGAAGCUGUUCAUCCCCCAGUGUUCUCUGCCCUGCGCAAGUCCAGAGUGGUGUCAUCCGCCUCCGAGGAGGAAGAGGCCCUAACAGAGAAGUUUCUCAAGAUCAACUGCAAGUACAUCGCUGAUGUAAAGGGUGCUGUGAGCGGGGUGUUGCUGGUGACACCCAACAACAUCAUGUUCGACCCUCACCGGAUGGACCCCCUGGUGCAGGCACACGGGUGUGAGGAGUACGGCAUCAUGUGUCCUCUGGAGGAAGUGCAGUCUGCUGCCAUUUACAAGGAGAUCACCAACCCCACGAUCAGAGAGGCUGUACCUGAUGACUUGGAGCCACUUCCAGUUGAGAGACAUCCUUCCCAGCAGAAGGACCCAGAGCAGCGCCUGAAGGAGCCAGUGACCAAUGACAGCAGCAGUAAAGCCCCACACAGCACUGAGGGCUCCGUCUCUGAAGAUGUCUUCACCGAGUCUGAGCUGUCCCCCAUCCGGGAGGAGGAACAAGCGUUUAAUGAGGACGUCCGCCUGGACAAGUCCUCUGGCGCUUCCACAGAGUCUGUGCAAACUGUCACCCAGGUGGAGGCUACCAGUGCUGGCUCCCCGCCCUCGAGCUCCCUGGCCCCAGGCUGCCUGCGUCCAGGCAAUGCCCACAGCUCAGUCAGCCCGUCAGAGGAGCCGACUGCAGCAAGAGCAGAGGACAAUCCACCAGACACUGCCACAGCAAAUGAUAGCCAGUCCCCCGUGGAAUCCAAGCAGCACAGUGUAGAGAAACCACCAAGCACACCCACUACCAACAGCAGCAGCACUAGCCAGAACCAGGGUCCCAGCAGCAACACCUCUCACCCAGAGUCCCAAAGCUCAGCAAACCCUGGUGUCACAGAAGCCACAGACACCACCUCCGACUCAACCAGUCCACAUGGGGAUGCCACAGAGGGGACAGUCGUCUCCAAAUUGGACACUAUGCAAAAAGGCGAGAAGGACAAUGCAGAGGUGUUGCAAAAGGACGACACACAGAACUCUGCAGAGGGUACAGGGUCUGCAAAGAGGCGAAAGCACCACUCUCACAAGUUCCUGUGUCUGCGGGUGGGAAAGCCCAUGAAGAAGACGUUUGUUUCCAACGCCAGCGCCUCCAUGCAGCAGUAUGCCCAGCUGGGAAAGAAGCACGAGUACUGGUUUGCUGUGCCAAAGGAGAGGUCAGGCCAUCUGUAUGUAUUCUUCAUGCAUUGGAGCCCUGACAUGUACGGUGAGGGAAUCAAGGGAAUGGGAGAAGAGCCUGGGUUUACAGUUGUCAAGAAGAAUGAGGUGUCAGAAACGGCUGAGGAUGAACCCAUCACUGACCUCAAUGUCAAGGAAUGGGAGGUAGUGUCUCUGACAGAGUACCGCCGUCGGAUUGAUGCUCUAAACAGUGAAGAUCUGCGCUCGCUCUGCAAACGUCUCCAGAUCACAACCAAGGAAGAGGUGAACUCCAAACAUGGCAUGUCCAUCAAGACAGAGCUGGAGCCAGAAACAUUCAAACCCAACCUCAAAGAACCCAGUGACCUCCUGGAGGCCGACCAGAUAGAGAAGCUUGCCAAGAAUCUCCCACCACGAACCAUUGGGUACCCAUGGACGCUGGCCUUUGGCACUGCAAAGCAUGGCAUGAGUAUUAAGACGCUGUACAGAGCCAUGCAGGGCCAGGACACCCCAGUGCUUAUGGUCAUUAAGGACAGUGAUGGCCAGGUGUUUGGUGCGUUAGCAUCUGAGCCCUUUAAAGUCAGUGAUGGCUUUUAUGGCACAGGAGAGACCUUCCUCUUCACCUUCAAGCCAGAGUUUGAAGUGUACAAAUGGACAGGUGACAACAUGUUCUUUAUCAAGGGAGAUAUGGACUCCUUAGCUUUUGGUGGAGGAAGCGGUGAGUUUGGCCUGUGGCUGGAUGGAGACCUUUACCACGGCAGGAGUCACUCCUGUAAAACAUUUGGGAACCCGAUGCUAUCAAAAAAGGAGGAUUUCUAUGUGCAGGACAUAGAGGUCUGGGCUUUUGAAUAACAAAACACUGUACCACAGGGAACAAAAACAAGUCCUGGGAUGAGCAUACCGAGGAGUCAUCCUCCUUUAGAACAGUGUCCCAAUCCUAACUGCACAUCACCAGGGCCCCCCAGGCCGGAAGCCACCUAUCGGAUGCUUGUUGUGCAUUACUACUGCAGUUAUUACGGAGCUUCUUUUCUUUGUGAAAAAUUACCUUUGUGUUUAUCUUGUUCCAGCCUUGUGCAGCGUUUUUGCAGAGUAGAGGGAGUGUGUGAAGCAGUGGAAAUGGUGAUGGAAAGACAGGGAGGCAAGAUGGUAUCAGAGGUAUAAGGAGAAGGAAGCCAUGAAGGGGCCAUCAGAGCUCCUCUGUCCUUGAGAGGUGGUGAAGAUGAUGGCCACUGGGGUUUGGAUCAGCUGCAAGAAGAGAGAACUUCCCUACUGGUCCAGAUUGUGUAUCUGAACCUCAAGGAGUCCCCUGGCACCUUCUCAGGCCCCUAGUACUCUGUUUAUUUGGUAGGACUCACUGUGCGGUCAGGCUUGAUGGAGAGAGGCCGAGUAAGAGGGAGGGAAAGGAGAAAAGCUGAACACAUUCCAUUACUCGGGGUGAAGGUGGAGUGUCAAAAUAAAGUUGUAAGUUGUGGUAAAACACCAAUACAUGUAACACAUCAGCAGCAAGAUACAAUGACUCUUAACUCAGAGAAAAGAGAAUAUUUAAGUCUUAACAGUACAGUACAUUUUUGGGUUGUCUUCUGAGGCUAAAUUUAUAGAGUAUUGUGUAAUGUAGUCCUCCUGUUGUUCACUGUCAUAGCACACCAUCUGAAAGCACAUAGUUAUAAUCAGACCACCCGUCAUUGUAAUGUUCUGUUCAGUGGGUGUACGUGUGAGUCCAGCUAACACCGGCUCCUCUCGCAGGAUGCUGGCUGUACUGUUUGUAGACAGUAACGUGUUGCAAUAGAUUUGUGGAAUAUGCAAAUACCUGUCCUGUGACCUCAAAAUACCCGCAGGCCGUGGCACUUUGCCCCUGCCUGUCACUGUUUCAACAGAGAAACUUGUAAAGCUUUUAUGUCUUGAUACACAGUUACACAGUUUUCUGGGUAUCAUUUGAAAAGCCUGAGACGUGGAUAACUGUUUUACAUGCAUAUAUGACAAUUAUGUAUUGGUAUAUGUGAUUAUAUAUGGAUUUAUAUAAUCACAUAUAUCUGGCUGUUAAGUGUGACAGUGAUCUCUUUGUGCUGAUAUUUCAGCUGUUACCACAUAAUGUAUAUUACCCUGUAAAUUAAUGUUAAAAAUGUAGAUUU